UUACGGACACGUCAAAAAGGUCACACCUGUCAUUAAUUGUCAAAAAGGUGUUUAAAAUUUAUCCAAAAUAAUAUGAAAAAUUUGAGAAAUGCAAAGAAUCGAGGCGAUACAAGAUUUCCAAGAAAAUACAUUUCUUCAUGUACAUACAGUUUCAUUAAAGAAAAACAAAAACUAACUCAAGUAAAUGAUAUUCAAGAGUCCCAUGUACGGAAAAAUUCUUUGGAAGUAACGGAACAAAUAGAGGAUUUAGAAAAAACGGAUAUAGAAAUAAAGUGGAAAGAAAAGCCUAAAAUGUUUAGAAUUAAUUGUGAAAUAGAUAUUCUUUCAUUAAUAUUAUUUUCAUUUGCUAUUUUAACUCGAAUGUACAGUUUAGAAGAACCCAAAAAUAUAGUAUUUGAUGAACUACAUUAUGGAAAAUAUGUUUCUCUAUACAUGAAAAACACUUUUUUCUUUGAUUCUCACCCCCCUCUAGGCAAGCAACUAAUAGCACUUGUGGCAUACCUGGCAGGAUACGAUGGAACAUACAAAUUCGAUAAAAUAGGUUCCCCUUAUAACUCAUCAGUUCCUUUACUAGCUUUAAGAUUUGUUCCUGCCUUUUUUGGCAGCAUUUUAAUUCCCACUGUGUACCAUUUAAUGUUAGAAAUGGGUUUGUCACAGUGGAGUUCUUUACUAGCAGCUGUAUUGUUUUUAUUGGACAAUGCUUUUUUGACACAAAGUAGAUUUAUUCUUAUGGAAUCAAUGUUGAUAUUUUUUUCUUUAUUUGGGAUUUUAUCAAUUUUAAAGUUCAAACAAUGUUCUGAUAGACCCUAUUCAGUAUUUUGGUUUUUUUGGAUAUUAACAGCAUCUGUAUCAUUAACUUGUGCUUUAAGUAUUAAAUAUGUUGGUUUUUACACUUGCACUUUAGCUGCUAUUAUUAUUUUACAAGACUUCUGGAAGCUCCUAACUUCAAAUCAGAUAUCAGACUCUUCUUUAUGUAUACAAUUCCUGGUACAAACUUUGACUGCACUAGCUAUAGCUGUUUGUGUAUAUUUUGGUGUGUUUUAUGUACAUUUAAGCACCUUGUAUAAAGCUGGACCUCAUGAUAGCAUCAUGACGAGUGCUUUUCAGGCAUCCCUAGAGGGGGGAUUGGCUAGUAUUACCAAGGGGCAACCAUUACUGGUUGCACAUGGGUCUCAAAUUACUCUACGUCACACUCAUGGAAGAACAUGCUGGUUGCACUCACAUAGCGCUAUGUAUCCUAUUAGAUAUCCUGACAAAAGAGGUUCUAGUCAUCAACAACAAGUCACAUGCUAUUCUUUUAAAGAUGUAAACAAUUGGUGGAUUGUCAAAAGGCCAGAGAAAAAUGAUUUGAUUGUAGAACAACCUGUCGAUUCUAUAAAGCAUGGAGACAUUAUACAGCUUGUGCAUGGAAUCUCCAGUCGAGCUUUAAAUAGCCAUGAUGUAGCUGCUGCUAUGUCUCCCCAAUGUCAAGAGGUUUCUUGUUACAUUGACUAUAAUAUUUCUAUGCCAGCACAAAAUCUUUGGAAAGUUGACAUCAUUAAUAAAGAACAAACAGGCGAACUUUGGCACACUAUACAAUCUCAAAUAAGGCUCAUCCAUGUGGAUACUAAUACUGCCUUGAAGUUCACUGGUAGACAGUUGCCAGAUUGGGCUUUUCACCAACAUGAAGUUGCAGCUGAUAGAGUCAUUGUACAAGAUGAUACUGUAUGGAAUGUUGAAGAACAUAGAUAUACUAAAUCUGCCGAUCAAAAAGAAAGGGAGAGAGAAAUGGUAACUGCAGAAAUGAUUCCUACUAAUCCGACAAAAUUGACUUUUUGGCAGAAAUUUUUUGAAUUGCAUUAUAAAAUGAUGUUUGCCAAUACGGAAAGUGUUCAGAAUCAUAUGUACAGUUCGGAGCCGCAUGAAUGGCCAUUUAUGUCGAGGGGGAUUGCCUAUUGGAUUUCUUCUACUAGUAAUGCUCAGGUUCAUCUUUUAGGCAACAUAGUCACAUGGUAUUCAGCCUCCUUAGGCUUCUUCACAUACAUCACAUUAUUAAUUAUCUAUCUUCUACGUCGCAGGCGACAGUGCUACGAUUUACAUCCAUACGUUUGGGAGCAGUUCCAAAAAACGGGCGAAAUAUUUUUAACGGGUUAUUUGAUUCAUUACGUUCCCUAUUUUUUCGUUGACAGAACUCUCUUUUUACACAACUAUCUCCCCGCGUAUGCGUUCAAAACGCUUUUAUUAGUAGCAACUUUGGAACACGUUUAUAUAGUUUUAAAUGAGUUUGAUCUGAGAUAUUUAAAAAUGUUAUUCCUAACGUUGGUUUUUUGUUGGUUGGGGUAUAUGAUGUUUGUUUUUAAAACGUUUUCAGUUCUUAGUUACGGUACUACGGAUUUGACUACUGAUGAUAUUAUUAGGUUAAGAUGGAAGGACACUUGGGAUUUUAUUGUUCACAAAAAUUGAGAAUAGCAAGACUAUUUUAUAUGCUGGUUAUUUUAUUGUUUCUUUUGAGAAAAAUAUGUAUAACAUUUUAGUCAAAUUUUUAUGUUUGAAAUAUUAUCUAUGUUAAAAUUUUAAAUUAUGUCUUAUAACCAAAUUUUUAAGAUGUUGCUCAAUAUUUGAGAUUAUUAUAUACCCACAUAUUUUUUUUAUUUUUGUAGUUUUUUAUAUACAAUUGACAUAAUUUUAUUCAAAUUGGACUUGUUUGCGACUCCUUUUUAAAAUAUUCUUUAGAAUGCAUUUUUAUACGAUCUUCUCUUUACUAUUCGCAAAAAUGACUGUUAUAUAUUCGAAUGAGA